AUUCUUUCUAAACUUAAGUAUGUUAUGUUUAAGAUAAUUAGGUUUCCUUUAAAAUUCUCCAAUACAUUGGGGAACAUAAUUGACGUCGAAUAUUAAUUUUCCGACCAUCAAUUCAGAAGUUAUCGCUGAAGUAAGCAAAAGAGAUCUAGCUGCAAGAAACUAUUUUACUUUUUUAUAUAUGCAUAAAGCAAACUUUUAUAAUUAAUUAUUUUAGGUAUGGGUAUUGGUAUCCUUGUGUAGUGUAUUCAAAGAUGGCGACGGUGUACGUAGCCGAACGUUAGUGUGGUCGUCGCUUAGCUAAAAUGCUAAUGUAGCGUUCACCAGCUAGCUGCUAAUUAUGGUAAAAAACGAGUAAAUGCUGAAGAAACAAAAUUCGUCCAUUUGGAAAGAAAUCCCUCCAACAACCUCCUCGUGAAGUGAAACAUGUCAUCCUUUCACCCAGUUUAUAAAACUCUUCAUACAUCAUCUACAUCAAGUGAACACACCUCUGAUAUCAUCGGUUUGAUUUGGAGCCAAGGUGCAUGCGGGCCCCAGAGUCAGGGGCUGACAACUAGCUCAGAGUUUGAUCUAACAGAGAUGUCAGAUUUUGAUUACUCUCACCUUCAGCACCUCAACCAGUCGCAAGUGGAGCCUGGGCUCUCAGACGACUCUGAUACCAGUCCUUCCUCAGCUGCAGUAGUGGUUCAAAAUGCCACCUGUUCUACAGGGAUUUCCCCCAACACGUCCAGUCAAGCCAUUGACUUGUCAACUUCAACCUCAAAUGAUGACCACAAUCUGGUAAUGCCAGGGGAAAAGACUCCUGUGUUUUAUGGUGAGGUUCCAAGUUUUGUGCUGGCCAGAAUCAGAGGUGAAGAAAGCCCAAUCAAGGUGACUGUCAAAGAGGAGUUUUCCAAGAACCGAUCCAUAUCAGCCGCAAGAGUGUGCCUGGAGAAAAGAUUCAACAGCAUGUGUGCCGACACCACAACGCAGCCGGAUAGCCACUCUGCUGUUCUCAGCAAUCUUUUGACAGUAUUUGAACACUCAGCAGAGGCUCAAGAGGCAUCCACACAUCCUCAAACACAAAAGUGGGUGAAAGCUGACCGAGCAAAUUCUUUUAAGCUCUCUAGCUCUCACGUCGGAGGUGUUUUCGAACCGAUAACCAAUGUCUUUGGGCAGGUUAUUGCACACAUGGCUGAGCCCAACAUACAUCAGGGUUUAAUAAUGCCCCCCAGUUUUUCAUUUAGCUUUCACCCUGAGACCUCUGUGAUAAAAACCGUCUACGCUGACAACAGCAACCCCAGAGAAGAGCAGGAGUUGAUGUUCACUGAAAAGGAUGUGGUGCCACAUACUGUCUACAGAGGGCAUUGCAGCAGCUUGUGCCCUGAUCCUCCCAAAGCUGCUAAAACUGCUCCAAAACCAUCCAAGAAGUCCAGGAGGGGCAGCUGCAAAAGAGCCCGAUCUUCAUUGUCACUGACCCAACGCAAGGAGAAACACAACAGCAAAGAGAGGGAGCGCAGGAAGAGGAUCCGCUCCUGCUGUGAUGAGCUGAACACCAUGGUGCCAUUCUGUGACUCGAACACAGACAAAGUCACGACGCUGCAGUGGACCACAGCUUAUCUAAGAUACAUCAAAAAAAUGUAUGGAGACAGCUUCAAGGAGGAGUUUCAGAAGGUCUUCAAUAAUGAGAGAGAGAGGUUUUUAAACUCCAGCCCCACUCCAGGUAAACAACCAUCCAACCCAAAGAAAGACAAGACACUGAGCACUUCUCUUGCAGCUGAGCAAUGAUCUGCUUCACGUUUAAUCCACAUGUAAGACGGCACUUUAAAUUGAGUGAGUAAACCGAGGGAGUCUGUAGGGCUUAACUGAAAAGUUCAUUUUAUGUGUUUGAAAAGUUUAUGAUUUAACUCUGCUUCAGAGAGUGGAAAGUUCCCUUUGUCUGAUUGAGAGACGCUCAAAGAUGGCAGGUUUUCUGCAGUUGCAUCGUAAGACCACUAGGUGUCACUUUUGUAUCAGAAUUGCAGAAACCAGUUCCAUUCAGCUGAUAAACUUUAAAAACUGUAUUUCACGCUAGAUGAAAUAAGAUGAAACUUUCUUUUGGAAAAUGGAAUAUGGGAAUAAGACUGCUCUCGACCCAUUUUGUUUUAUUAAUGUGUCAUUUUUAUAUUUUAUUUAAAUGUUCCGUUGUGUUACUUUUAUAGCUGAUGUUCUUAAACUUACAACACUCUAUAUAUUAUCUUUUGUAUUCAUAUUUAUGCAUUUUUAUAUAGAAACUUGGGACAAUAGUGAAUUAAUGGAGUUAUAAUGAAGUGUUGGGCUUAUUUGAUAUGUAGAGAAGAGUAAUGUUUUACUGAAAAGUGGCUUUAUUUGUUCUUACAACAUGUCGCUGUAGCAUCUUACUGUACAUACAACAGUCACCCACAAUAAUAAAUAGUAUUAAAAGUAAUGUAUAUUUAAUAGUUACAGUACCGGCGGUACACAGUGGAUGUGGUCAUUGCUGAUUGAAAAACCCAAAAAAUAAAAAUAAACUUUUUCUAAUUUCUUUAUGAAUUAUACAGGUCUGAUUUAUGCAUCCACAAGUUUUAUCCUGUUUAUUCUCUUAGCUUUAGUGAAUCACCUUCACUUUACAAGUUAUAUAAAAAAAACAAGCUGUAAAAAAAAACAAAAAACAGUUAUAUAUAUAUUUUUUGCAUUUUUCUACACAAUUUCUGGGCACCUGGGUAAUUGUUAUUUUAUUACUUUUACAGUACAUAUACAGCUCCAGCACCUUUGUCCAUAUUUUACACUGUCAGUUUGUAUACUGAGGUAACACCUGUGAUUCACACAAUAAGCCGUGUCAAAUGGGCGUUCACAUCAGAGACGGUCACAGUUGUCGCGUUGAUGAUAAUCGGAACAAAUGGAGCAUCGAAACAUUUACAAACGUAUGUCAGUUGUUAUGCGACACUUCUGAGUCACUACAGUUGUUCUCUUGUUUUCUUUUCCUUGCCUGAUCUGCUUUAUUUCAAGAUGUUACCUGUAAUCUUUUAGGUCUCUCGGUUGCUUUGGUGUUCCUGUCACUCUUGGGAUGUUCCUCCAUUCACACUUGUAGAUGUUACUCCUCCCUUGUGAUACAUGUAUUUAAAUAAAGAGGACUUGUUGCGAA